GGGUUAUUGGCUUCCAGUCUCUCCCUUCUGUUCUGUUGAGAAAGGUGGACGUGCAGACGACACGAACUAUUCACAGUUAGCUUUUACUCCUCGACGGCAUCAACAUCAACAACCAUUUAACAGUAGUUCAGAAAGCGUAUUUUCCUUCAAUUUUUCUUCAGGGAAACGAUUAACAAAUCAUAUAGUUGGUAAUAAUGUGUAGCACUGUUCCUUGUCCAGAAAGUUGUUUGAGAAUGGAAGAGUGUUGCUAAGGUAACAAGCAUUGAGGGAUCCUAGCAACACUGUAUGGAGCCAAAUUGUUUUCAAACAACUUGAAGUAGGUUCUUGAGUUGAGUAGUAGCAAUGACGAGCAUAAAUAAUGUACCUGAAAGUGCUUCUCAAACGGCCAGUAUUCCUCAUGUUAGUAUAUUCGAAUGUCAGGAUCCAUGGAUUUCUGAAGAAGAGCUCUACACUGAGGGAAGUAGUGAUGAUGAAGAUGACAUGGCGCUGCGCAUGAAGAGGCGUGCCCAGGAAGAGAAGAAAGAAAAGCAAUCAAGUGCUGCUCAUCAUGUCAGACGAACUGAGAGAAGAGUUGUUAGUACUAGUAAAGCUACAGGCAACUCCUCUGCGAAUGACUGUGAUUUGAUAGAGGGGGAUAAUCAAGGAGUCAAUGAUUUUAAGUGGCGACCUACUCAAGGCAGCACAAAGUUAAAACAAACUUCGGAUCACUCUGACUCCUCAAAAAACGGAGAUGAGGCGCAGAACAGCUCACAAACCCCAUCCUCACAGUCUCUCAGCGAAGCCUACAGCAACAUGCACAAGCUGGACGCUCUUCUCCGAGACUCUGACCGCCGAUUAAAGGAUGCGCAGGCGGAGACCCUGCGGGCGCAACUCUCCACGCGGGCCCAGCUGCGAGACCUGCGAGAGCAAGUAGGCGCCCAAAAUGUGGCGUUGUCUGCGAACUGGGACGCCUUCAUGAAUCUCUGCCCCGUCAUCGAGCCCAGCUGGGCGUGUGGUAAGGAGUGCCUGCCCGCGAGUGGACCAGGAUCGAAAGCAGAGUGGAGUCUCUUGGAAUUCCCUGGCGCAGCCGCAGCGCCUGGCGUCGCGGGGAGAGGGGCGCACCGCGCGGGACCGCGGGGUGACGGAGCUGACUCGGUGCUGCCCCGCAUCAGCGGGGUCGAGUCGGAGGCGGACGACUCCGAGGACUCCGAGAGCUCUGGCUCCGCGCUGGCCAUCACCGACGAGGAGAAGAUGAAGCUGGCCGCGCUGCUCCGCGACGUUGACCAGGACCAUGAGGGAGGCCCCGGCCUCGGCGGGUACCACCUCGACGCGGAGGUGCGCCGCAGCCUCGACCACAUCGACGAGAAGCUCCAGGAGCUCGUCUUGGACGCCUCGGACGCCGGCUCCGUGUCCGCCGCGCCUCCGUCGCGCGGGGCCUCAAAGGGGCCGAGGGGCGCCACCAGGCAGCAGCGCCUGGAGGACAUCGACCGCUGCCUGCAGUCCCUGGCCGAGUCCGCCCUGGAGGACACGGAGCCCCUGGGCGAGGAGGCGGUCCGGUCCCUUCUGCAGGACGCCCAGGGCGCGCUCGGCCGCGGGGAGGGCGCAGCCUCGGGCGCAGCCGCUGCAGCGGCCACCGGCGCCGAGUCGGGCCUCAUCAGCGCCCUGCUGGACGAGGCCCGCCGGGAGCUGCCGCGCUUCCACUACCGCUACUGCGAGACCGCCGACCAAGAGUUGCCCAGGCUCAAUAGUGCGGCCAGAUGAACAAUAAAUACGCCGAUUAUACUUAAAAACCUAGAUAUUGUAAAAUUGAGUGAACGUGGCAAUUUUUGUACUGUUUUGUAUUUUUAGAAAUAAAGCUUAAGUCUCCAAUAUGAUUCAGAGCCCACAUUCUGGA